AGUAAAAAAAGCUUCGUUUUUUAAACUCUUGGAUUGAUUUCAGUUGAAGUCCCUGAGAAAAGCUUGAGCCUGCGAGUUUCAUGGAAGAAGAAGCUUCGAACGCAGCGUUGCCAGACGGCUUCCUCGAUUUUCUGAAAGCAAAUGGUUUAGACCCUUCCAUUUAUGCCGAGAGCAAUUUGACCCCUCGUUACAUAAGGUUAAAGCCUGGUUGCGAAGCUCAAAUUGAAGAAAUUGAAGGUGAAAUCAAGUGCAAGCUUGAAAAAGUGGAUUGGCUGCCUGGCUUUUAUGCUCUUCCUCCCGACGUUCAAAUCGCUAACUCAAAUGCAUACAGAGAAGGGAAGAUGUAUGGAAUCGAUGCGGCGUCUGGAGCUGCUGUUUCAGCAUUGAAUAUCUCAGCUGGAGAUCAUGUUCUUGAUCUUUGUGCUGCUCCUGGUGCUAAGCUUUGUCUGAUGUUGGACAUUCUUGGUGAUUCUGGUUCUGUAACUGGUGUUGAUGUUUCAAGCCAUCGUUUAGCGGCUUGUAGGACAAUGUUGCAGAAAUAUGCAUUGGGCAAUCGCUGCCGACUAUUUGUUGCUGAUGGGACAACCUUUUCCCUCAUGCCCAUGAGAAUUCAUUCUGAUCCAAAAUCAUGUGAAUCUGCUUUGGAAGAAAAUGUGACAUUCAAGGAGUGGACAUCUCGGAGACCAUGGAAAGAAAGGAAAAAAGCAGCUAGGGUAAGAAAAAGUGGUGCUGUGCAUUCAGGAAAUCAACUUCCAGAGCUCAUUUAUUAUGGUCGCCACUCUGGUGUCGUUGGACGGAAUAAAAGUGAAUUGUACCAAACAUUUCGUGACAGCGAGCUUUUGGGCUGUGGCUAUGACAAGGUCCUAGUGGAUGCAGAGUGCACUCAUGAUGGAUCAAUUAAACAUGUCCAAAAAUUUGAACAUUGGGGAUGGGAAACUCUUCAACGACGUGUGUUGGAUGCAGAGAGAAGUGAUAGCCUCACUGUGCUUCAGUUAAAGCUCCUAACCAAUGGUUUUAGAUUGCUAAAAGCUGGGGGACUUCUUGUUUAUAGCACUUGCAGCUUGACAGUUGCUCAGAAUGAAGACGUUGUAAAGCAGUUUCUUGAGGAAAAUCCGUUUGCUGAGUUGCAGGCGAUAGAUGGUGUUGAAAAUUGGCCAAGCAAGAACGGACAACUACCAAAUACCCUGCGCUUUGAUCCCUUGACUUCAAAAACUAGUGGACUUUUUGUUGCAAAGUUCUCAAAAUUGGCCAUUUAAUCUGGUUUUAGAUGUUCAAGAGCCCAAGUAAUAGUCCAUGUCAAUGUCAAGUGGCAUGGGGGGUUAGACAUCUUUGAUGGCACUUUGGGCGUUAUUUUUGUGAUGGAAUAUAGUUUGUACCUCAUUUACUCUUUUUAUAUUCUUUUAAUAAUACAAGCAAAAACUUGGAUUCAA